GCUACGCAGCGCUCCUCUUAUAUCUCGCCUCCGAACCCUCCUCGCCUCUCUCACCAUUCCACGCGCGUCCCCCUAUUCUUGGAGCGCCCAAACUCCUCCCUCACUCCCCGGCGUACAAACACGCGCGCGCCCCCGCCCGUGCCGGCUCAUGCCCAUGGAGGUCGACCUCGACCGUGCACGCGCUCUGCGCGUUCUCGGCCGAGGCGCCAUGGGCACCGUCUUCCUUGUCGAGGCCGACCCGGCGCGGCCCGGCUGCGGCCGCUACGCCCUCAAGGUCUUCGACAAGCGCUCCGCCGGGCCGACCAAGCCCGACGCCGACCGCCGCGCGCGGUGGGAGGUGACCCUGCUCUCACGCCUUGCGCACCCGCACCUCCCGUCACUCCUCGGCACCGCUGAGACGCCCGACCUCCUCGCCUGGGCCGUCCCCUACUGCCCCGGCGGUGACCUGAACGAGCUCCGCUACUCCCUAGCUGACCGUGUCUUCUCCCCGGCCGCCAUACGCUUCUACAUCGCCGAGACCGUGUCCGCGCUCGCCGACCUCCACGCCUCCGGCAUCGUGUACCGCGACCUCAAGCCCGAGAACGUGCUCCUCCAAGCCGACGGCCAUGUUACCCUCACCGACUUCGACCUCUCGCGCCUCCUCCCGGCCUCUACCUCUUCCCCGUCAACGUCACCUCCUCCUCAGGUGAAGCCCGUCUUCCGUCACGGCCACCGCCGGGCGCGCGCCUCCGCUGCUGGCCACCACGCCAAGCGCGAGCCCGUGUCCGCGGCCGCGUCGACGCCGAAGCUGCAGCAGUUUCAGAACCUGGUUCGUUUCUUGACGCGAAGCAACGGCAGCGCUCCCGAGCUGGCCAAGAAGACCAAGUCGGCGCGCGUGUCCCCGGUGAGCCGGAAGGCCGCAUGCUCCGGCGCGGCGUGGGGCAGGUCGUACUCGUUCGUCGGCACGGAGGAGUACGUGGCGCCGGAGGUGGUGAGCGGCGACGGCCACGGGUUCGCCGUGGACUGGUGGGCGGUGGGCGUGCUCGUCUACGAGAUGGCGUUCGGCCGCACGCCGUUCAAGGGCAAGAACCGCAAGGAGACGUUCCGGAACGUGCUGCACAGGGAGGUCGAGUUCCCGGGCGACACCCAGCGCCGGAUGCCGGAGCUGACCGACCUCAUCUCGCGGCUGCUGCAGCGGGAUCCCGCGAGGCGGCUCGGGUACGCCGGCGGCGCCGACGAGAUCCGGGCGCACCCGUUCUUCGCCGGGAUGGCGUGGGACCUGCUCGCGGAGGUGACCCGCCCGCCCUACAUCCCGCCGCCCGCGGAGGACAGCGCGGCCGACGGCCAGGGCUUCGACGUGAGGGAUUACUUCAAGAAGCUCCACCAACCGCCGCCGCCGCCGCCUCCGGAGUCGGGCUCGUCGUCGUCGUCUUCGUCGUCGGACUUCUCGUCGGUGUUCUGACUUGUAUAGCUUACGUGGCCGGCCAUGUGGUAGUCCAUUCGCUCCUCGGUAGAUUGCUGUUUCGUAACGAGCGAACGGGGGUGCACUGUGCAGUGCAGGCAGUGCAGACGUCGAGAACACGGGCGUGAUCGGUGUAAAUAAAUUCGGUGUAGCGCUGGUGCAGAUGCGGAAGCAGUUUUGAGAGGUGCACGGUUCAGUUGGGGGUCCAAGGCCUUUCUUGCUGUAUUUCACUGCCAUGAUGAAUUCACGAGGGGGUUCUGAUU